CUUCCGGCAUAUGACUUUCCCCGGGAAGAUGAUUUGGCGCGGACCAGGCUGGACCAGAGACUUGUGUUGACUUUUGUCUUGAGAUCCGCUGCAGCUAAACGUGUCAAAGUGUUAAACAGACAAGGUGAAAGCCAUGGCCCCGGUUUCAAACCCCGAUAAAGAUAUGGAUGUGCCAGAUUGCGACGACGGAGGUGGGCUGGCCAAAUCUCGCUCUAGACGUGAAAAGAGAGAGAAGUUUGGGAGGAAAUCUGCUUUGGAGCAACUUAAAAAAGCUAAAAAAGGAGAGAAGAUAAAAUAUGAGGUGGAAGAAUUUACCAGUGUCUAUGAAGAGGUGGAUGAAGAAGAAUACUCGAAAAUGGUACGAGAUCGACAGGAGGAUGACUGGAUUAUUGAUGAUGAUGGAACAGGCUAUGUGGAGGAUGGGAGAGAAAUCUUUGAUGAUGAUUUGGAAGAAGAUGUAGUAGAAACUAAGAAAGGAAAAGCAGGAGCUAAAGGUGCAGAGUCAAAGAAGAAUACCAAGAAAACAUCAGUGUCCAAACCAAAUACCAUCAAAAGCCUGUUCAUGAACAGUAAUGUGAAAAGGCCUGCAGAGAAAGAUGUAGAUCUUUCCAAAGAUGACCUCUUAGGUGAUAUCCUACAAGAUCUGCACUCUGAGAAAUCCUCUGCACUGACUCCUCCACCUGUUGUUACCUUGAAGAAAAAGAAGGCUCUUGGAUCACCCAUGAAUCCAUUUUCUAUUAAAUCUCCAAAGGAGUCACCUUCAGGGGCAAAAGCCAAAGUGAUUCGCCCUCCGCCACCUGAUCCAGCCCCACAGCCCCCUACACCCGUUCCAUCACGAACGGUGGAGAAGGGGAAAGCUAAAGUGGAGCAGCCUGAAGAAGAAGUAAACAACGCUAUGGCACUUGAUGAGGUGGACUUUGAUGAGCCAAUGGAUGUCGCUGAUGAGGCAGAGAAACCAGUUAUGAAAGAAGAACUUGAGCCUGAAGUAAAAACAGCCCCUGCCCAAACGACAGUGAAAGUCCAGCCCAAAGAAGAGCCUCAAGAUCCUGUUCUCUUCAAUUUUGAAAGUACAUGGGGACAAGAUGAAGAGACUGCACCAGCUGAAGUACAGGUCGAUCCAAGCCAACUUCCCCUGGUGGAGGGGCCAGAGGGAGAGAUGGUGUUCAGAUUCUACUGGCUAGAUGCCUUCGAAGACCCAUACACUCAACCAGGCGUGGUUUACUUGUUUGGAAAAGUAUGGAUAGAAUCUGCACAAUCUCACGUCAGCUGCUGCGUGUCAGUUAAAAAUAUUGAGCGGACCAUGUACCUCCUCCCUCGUGAAUUUAAGGUGAACCCUAAAACUGGUGAGGCCUCUGACACACCUGUCAGGAUAAUGGACAUUUACCAUGAGUUUAAUGAGCUCUCAGAGAAGUUCAAGAUCAUGAAAUUUAAGUCCAAGAAAGUCGAGAAAAAUUAUGCUUUUGAAAUUCCUGAUGUGCCCACUCAAUGUGAAUACUUGGAAGUGCGCUACUCUGCUGAACUCCCACCGCUGCCAUCAGACCUCAAGGGGGAGACAUUUUCUCAUGUUUUUGGAACCAACACAUCAAGUUUGGAGCACUUUCUUCUGAGCAGAAAGAUUAAAGGCCCGUGUUGGCUGGAUAUCAAGACUCCACAGCUGAUGAGCCAGCCAGUGAGCUGGUGUAAAGUUGAGGCUCUGGCCCUCAGGACAGAUCUCAUCUCUGUGGUUCGAGACCUACCUCCUCCUCCAGUCACUGUUAUGUCCAUCAGCCUCAAGACCGUCCAGAAUCCCAAGACGCACCAAAAUGAGAUUGUGUCUCUUGCUGCACUUAUUCACUGUCGCUUUCAUAUGGAUAAAGCUCCUCCUCAACCUCCCUUCCAGACUCACUUUUGUGUCGUCAGUAAACCCACAGACUGUAUUUUUCCCUAUGACUUCAGUGAUGCUGUGAAAAAGAAGAAUGGAAAAGUGGAAAUAGCUGGUACAGAGCGCACACUGCUUGGAUUUUUCUUGGCCAAGAUGCACAAAAUAGAUCCUGAUGUACUAGUUGGGCAUGACAUUUUUGGCUUUGACCUUGAAGUGUUGCUCCAAAGAAUUAAUGUGUGCAAGGUGCCACACUGGUCCAAGAUAGGACGUCUGAGGAGGACCAACAUGCCCAAACUAGGGGGCCGCAGUAGUUUUGCAGAGAAGAACGCCACUUGUGGUCGGCUGGUCUGUGACGUGGAGAUUUCGGCUAAAGAGCUGAUUCGCUGCAAAAGCUACCAUCUGACAGAGCUGGUGGCACAUGUGCUCAAGAUGGAAAGGCCGACUGUGCCACAGGAAAACAUCAGGAAUCUUUACAGUGACUCUCCUCACCUGCUGUAUCUGUUGGAGUUGACAUGGACUGACGCAAAGCUGAUCCUCCAACUCAUGUGUGAACUCAAUGUCCUGCCUCUUGCUCUACAGAUCACCAACAUUGCUGGCAACGUUUUGUCUCGAACUCUGAUGGGAGGUCGAGCUGAGAGAAACGAGUAUCUCCUGCUUCAUGCCUUUAAUGAAAAGAACUACAUUGUUCCUGACAAACCCUCCUUCCGAAAAGUCCAACAAGAACAGGUUGAAGGUGAAGAGGAUGUGGGCAAGCGGAAAAAGAAGGCUGCUUAUUCUGGUGGUCUGGUUUUGGAUCCCAAAGUCGGUUUCUAUGAUAAGUUCAUCCUGCUGCUCGACUUCAACAGUCUGUAUCCAUCGAUUAUUCAAGAGUUCAACAUAUGCUUCACCACUGUGGAGAGGGAAGUCUACAAUAGUCAGAAAAAGAAAAAAGUGGAUGAAGGCAUAGAGGAGAUACCUGAGAUUCCUGAUUCCAGUCUGGAAAUGGGAAUUCUGCCCAAAGAAAUAAGAAAACUUGUUGAAAGACGUAAACAGGUCAAACAACUCAUGAAACAGCAACAAGACCUGAAUCCAGAUCUAUAUCUACAGUACGACAUUCGCCAAAAAGCUUUGAAACUGACAGCAAACAGUAUGUAUGGUUGUCUUGGAUUCAGCUACAGUCGAUUCUAUGCCAAACCACUUGCUGCUCUGGUCACACAUAAGGGCAGAGAGAUUCUGAUGCACACCAAAGACAUGGUUCAGAAGAUGAAUCUGGAAGUCAUCUAUGGAGACACCGACUCUAUUAUGAUCAAUACAAACAGCAAAUCUUUGGAGGAGGUCUUCAAACUCGGCAACAAGGUGAAAGCUGAAGUGAACAAGCUUUACAAAUUGCUGGAGAUUGACAUUGAUGGUGUGUUUAAGUCGCUCUUACUGUUGAAGAAAAAGAAAUAUGCAGCUCUUGUAGUGGAGCAACACGGUGAGGGGCGAUAUACUCUCAAACAGGAGCUCAAAGGCUUGGACAUCGUGCGCAGAGACUGGUGUGAUCUGGCCAAGGAGUGUGGCAACUACGUCAUUGGUCAGAUCUUGUCCGACCAGAGCCGUGACGUCAUCGUGGAGAACAUCCAAAAACAUCUGGUGGAAAUGGGAGAGAAGGUCGCAGCUGGAGCUAUACCCCUCACCCUGUUUGAGAUCCACAAGGCUCUGACUAAAGAUCCGCAGGACUAUCCCGACAAAAAGAGUCUUCCUCAUGUCCACGUGGCUCUGUGGAUCAACUCCCAGGGCGGACGCCGCGUGAAAGCCGGAGACACUAUCUCUUAUGUCAUCUGCAAAGACGGCUCCACUCUUCCAGCCAGUCAGAGAGCCUAUGCUUUGGAGCAGCUUCAGAAACAGGAGUCCCUCUCUCUGGACACUCAGUACUACCUGGCCCACCAGGUCCACCCUGUAGUGUCCCGCAUCUGUGACCCCAUCGAGGGUAUCGAUAAUGUGCUCAUUGCCACAUGGUUGGGUCUUGACCCGGGACAGUUCAGGGCUCAGCAGCAGCACCAGAGGGAGGAGGAAGCCGACGGGACACUGGGUGCCCCUGUGCAGUUAACAGACGAGGAGCGCUACAGAGACUGUGAGAGGUUCACCUUCACCUGCCCACAAUGCGGAACAGACAACAUUUACGACAAUGUGUUUGAAGGAGCAGGAUUAAAGUUGGAGCCCAGCUUGAUGCGCUGCUGUCACAUCCCCUGUGGAAGCCGCCCCAUCGACUACACAGUCAACAUCAGCAACAAACUUCUACUUGACAUUAGACGCCACAUCAAAAAAUACUAUUCAGGCUGGUUGGUGUGUGAAGACCUAGCUUGCCAAAACCGAACCAGACGCAUCCCCAUCGCCUUCUCCCGCCAUGGACCCAUCUGCCCCGCCUGCACACGAGCUACACUAAGACCCGAGUACUCGGAGAAGGCCCUGUACAACCAGCUGUGCUUCUACAGAUUCAUCUUUGACUGGGAACAUGCAGUCAAUAAAGUACUGCCUCCUGAUGACAAAAGUCGCGCCAACCACUACAAUAGCGAGAAAGACGUGUAUCGAAGGCUUAAAGAAGUCCCAGACAAGGCUUUGGCGAUCAGCGGCUACUCCGAGAUCAACUUAUCCAAACUCUUCCAGGCCUUUUCUUUUCUCAAAUAAACCCACAACAUAAUAUACCACCACAUCAGAGACCAACCUCUACACCAUUUUAUCAGAUUGCACCUGCUUUGUCUCCCAUUUUAGGGUCAUUUUAGGCGUUUGACCCCUGGACCCUCUCCAACCAACUGCCCUAUACAUAAUAGCUUUGGUAUAGAACUUCAAAUCCAAUCACAAUCGUCCACCCUUUGACAUAGACACCGCCUGCAAACUCUUGACUUGACCCCAUCACUUGCUAUGUGAGGGAGGGGGAAGGGGGGGCAGCAAUCAAACCUAAAUGGCCCAAGCUAUUGUGUGCAUGUGUGCGUGUGGGUAAAAAUGACUUAUCGUUGCUAGCAGCCAGUGUACUCCAAAAAGCCACUAAUUAGCCAAUGAUAGUGACCCGGGCGACUAGGACCAAGCGAAUGCCCGCAGCGAAUGGGACACUUGUUCUGAUUACUACCAUUCAUCCCUGUUGUGCAGCAGUGUGCCCGACUGCUAGUGUGUAUGAGAGAGGGGAGAGGAGGAUGCUGGGAAGGGAUGGGGUGGGCAUGACCAUGGACCACGUGCUCUAAACUAAAGCUAUUGUAUCAAACGUCUCAUCUUGUUUAACUGUUUUUCAUACUUUGUCUUUUAAACGAUUAUUAUGUGUGUAACUCUGGACAGUUUAUUGUAUUUUGAAGUAUUUGAUACUGGUAUUACGAUGAAAUCAUUUUGAUACUCAAUAAAAUUCUGAUUAAGUUUUGU